ACGAGCUCCAGCGGGUUUAAACAGCGAACACCGACUCCUCACUCACGCGACUCGGAUCUCUCCGUCGUGGCCGCCUCGCGCUUGUCCCUGAGCACUAACUACACAAACCUGAAGGUGCAUUCUGAUUAUGAAUGGUACACGCACUGUCAUGGAGCUCAUCAACAGUCCGAGACCUUUGUGGUGAACAAACAGCAUCAUCUAGAUCUACAGUAUGAAGGUCCUAACGCUUUGCGACGGAGCGGCCUUCGCACUCCUGUGGAGCUGCCUCGGCUUCUUUCACAGCGUCCAGUGCGCAUUAGGAGACAACCAUGUCCACUCGAGCUUCGUUUACAGACGCUUGAGAAACCACGAGCGCAGAGAGAUCCAACGGGAGAUCCUCUCCAUCCUGGGUUUGCCCCAUCGCCCGAAACCCUUCUCUCCUUCAAAGCAGGCAUCCUCGGCACCUCUCUUCAUGCUCGAUCUGUACAACGCCAUGGCGACCGAGGAAGCGGAGGAGGACGCGCUGCUCGGGGACGCAGGCAAAGCGAUCAGUAUCAACUCAGUGGGGAAUUCGCGCAAAAGCCAGCACAGCGCUCCAUAUGGAUAUUCUCGCGCGCCCGUGGCCUGGACAAGUCAGAGUCCACCUCUGGCUACUUCACACGACGCAAACUUUCUGAACGAUGCCGACAUGGUUAUGAGCUUUGUGAAUCUGGUGGAGAGAGACAGGGAUUUUUCCCACCAGAGGAGACAUUAUAAAGAGUUCCGUUUUGACCUAACUCAAAUUCCGGAUGGGGAAGCUGUAACAGCAGCAGAGUUUCGCAUCUAUAAAGAUCACAGUCUUGGGAGAUAUGAAAACAUCACACUAAAGGUCUCCAUAUACCAGGUGAUCAAGGAAUAUCAAAACAGGGAUGCAGAGACAUUUUUGCUCGAUUCAAAGAAAAUCUGUGCCUCAGAUGGAGGAUGGCUGGUGUUUGACAUCACAGCCACCAGUAACCAUUGGGUGCUUAACCCACAGCAGAACAUGGGCCUUCAGCUCUGUGUAGAGACCAUGGACGGUCGAAGCAUCAACAUGAAAUCCGCCGGGAUCAUUGGCAGGAGCGGGCCACAAUCCAAGCAGCCUUUUCUUGUGGCAUUUUUCAAAGCCAGCGAAGUGUUGCUGCGCUCUGUAAGGGCCACAGGGGGAAAGAGGAAGAAUCCUAGCAGAAACAAAGGCAGAAGUCCACCAAAAACCUCACAGGCUUCCAGGAUUGGAGAUCAAAACAUCAGCGAACAGAAGCAGGCCUGCAAGAAGCAUGAGCUUUAUGUCAGCUUCCGCGAAUUAGGAUGGCAGGACUGGAUAAUUGCACCUGAGGGCUAUGCAGCAUUUUACUGUGAUGGAGAAUGCUCAUUCCCACUCAAUGCACAUAUGAAUGCAACAAAUCAUGCAAUUGUGCAAACUCUGGUCCAUCUCAUGUUUCCGGAUAAUGUGCCAAAGCCUUGCUGUGCACCAACCAAGCUGAACGCAAUAUCUGUGCUAUACUUUGAUGACAGCUCAAAUGUAAUUCUGAAAAAAUACCGCAAUAUGGUAGUCAGGUCUUGUGGGUGCCACUGAAGUUGCUAUAUGUUUGGGAGCUUGUUUUUUUUUUUUUUUUUUUUUUUUUUGUAAA